AAGUGCGAGAUUGGCUGGGACGAAGUUCUGCAUCAAGAACUAAACAAGAGAUGGUGGCCCUGGUGGCAAGAGUUUCCUAAAGUGAAGCAGUUGCAAAUACCCCGCUGUUAUUCGCCGCAAAUCUUACAUGGUGGCAAGGUAGAAAUCCACACUUUCGUCGACGCUAGUCAAGUCGCAUUUGCUGCGGUAGUAUACGUUCGAGUACUUCAUAUUAAUGGAGUUGACGUUCGCUUCAUUAUGGGCAAAACACGCACAGCACCAGCGAAACUGAUGUCGAUCCCGAGACUCGAGUUACAGGCCGCAGUAUUGGGCACCCGCUUGUACAAGCUCAUCGAGGACAGCCACGAGUUCAACAUAGGGCGAGCAGUUUUUUGGACCGACUCCCAGACGGUUCUGCAAUGGGUGCAUUCGUCGGAAAGAAAGUAUAAGGCGUUCGUCGGCCAUCGUAUAGCCGAGAUUCUCGGCACAACGGCAAAAGAGCAUUGGCGAUGGGUGUCAACUUGUCAAAAUGCAGCAGACGUAGCAACACGCCCCUUGUGCCCACCCAAGUUCGACAGUAGCAGCCGUUGGGUAAAAGGCCCCGAGUUCUUGCAGCACGACGAAGAGUAUUGGCCCACGGCCACGAUCACAGCGUCACCAGUACUCCCAGAAGAAAUAUCCGUUCCAGUUUUGGUGGUGCAACACGGCAGUGCCGUCAUAAAUUUUUCACGGUUUAGCUCCUUCACAAAGCUAUUACGAACAACAGCCUGGGUGAUGCGAGCAACAAUACCAUUUCGAAAACAGAGCAACAGUACAACACCCAUGUCGCCAAGCCUCACAGCAACAGAGAUAAAGAAAGCAGAGCAUAUGGUAUGCGAACUAGUCCAACGAGAAUGCUUUUCGAGCGAGAUCGCAGGUUUGUCAGUCGGCGGUAAAAUCGCCAAAAGAAGUUCGCUGUAUAAGCUUUCGCCGUAUCUCGAACAAAGUGGCCUAUUAAGAUUGAGCGGACGCAUCGACGAGGCAACAUACCUACCAAUGCAAGCACGACGACCGAUAUUAAUGCCUGCCAAACAUAUCGUGUCAACCCUGAUUGUACAACAUUUUCACAAAAUAAAUCAUCACCAGAAUUCCGCCAUCACCAUUAAUACCAUCCGACAACAGUUUUGGAUACCGAAUUUGAAACCGCUCCUCAAGGCAGUUCAGCAAAGGUGUCAACAGUGUAUGAUCGACAAAGCAAAGCCAAACCAACCUAUGAUGGGUCAGCUGCCGGUCGACAGCAUUACUCCGUUCGUACGCCCAUUUACAUACACAGGCGUCGACUUGUUUGGCCCUAUUAACGUCACCAUCGGGAGGCGCAAGGAGAAAAGGUUGGGCGUUAUAUUCACCUGCCUGACAGUUCGAGCCGACUUGAGUACCGAUGCGUUCAUUUUGUGCCUGCGGAAUUUUGUAAACCGACGUGGAACGCCGUCCAGAAUAAGGAGUGAUAAUGGGACAAAUUUUAUUGGCGCACAAAGGGAGUUGAGGGCAGCUGAGCAGUUGUUAGACACUGACCGCAUUCAAGCCGAGGCUGGCAGACACAACAUCGAGUGGAUAUUUAACUGUCCGCUGAACCCCAGUUCGGGUGGCUGCUGGGAGCGCUUGAUAAGGAUUAUAAAGUCGCUGUUAAGCAAGACGUUGCGUGAGGUAGCCCCAAGACCCGACACUCUGCACAGCGUGUUAAUAGAAGCGGAGAAUAUCAUCAACUCCCGACCGCUAACUGACCUGCCUAUAAGCCAUGAAGAAGAUGAGCCGUUAACACCCAAUCACUUCUUGUUGGGGUGCGUUAAUUCAACGCAGACGCCGCACCCAGUUGACGAGAAGAUUUGCCUAAGGAAGCAGUGGAGAAUCGCGCAAAACCUCAAGGACCGGUUGUGGAAGCGAUGGACAACCGAGUACCUGCCUCAGCUAUUGUGCCGUACUAAGUGGCAGGACAAAGCAAUACCGCUUCAAGCGAACGACCUGGUGAUAUUGUGCGACUCAACGCUGCCCCGUAGUCAAUGGGUACGCGGCCGCAUAACUCAAGUUUUUCUCGCCAAAGACGGACAAGUACGUAUCGUGGAGUCGCGAACGAAGAGCGGACUACUACGCAGACCAGUUUCGCGCUUAGCAAAGUUAGAAGUUGGUGGUAAAUCCUGUGAGAAUUCACGGGGGGCGGGGCGUUAG